UCUCUCUUCUCACCUCUUUUCUCACCACCACCACCACCACCACCCAACAAUGGCCGACAAACAACCGCGCCUGAUCGAGGAGCUCCUCCAGCUCCUCGCCCCGCAGCAGAAAACCAUGGCGGACCACAAGUUCUGGAACACGCAGCCCGUGCCCGCGUUAGGCGAGGAGGUACAAAGCGAGGGCCCGAUCGACCGCGCCAAAACGGCGCAGGACGUGCCCGCCACGCCGCUGCCGCUCUUGGCGGGCUUCGAGUGGGCCACCGUGGACAUCGACGUGCCCGCGCAGUUGGACGAGGUCUACCGCCUCCUCCACGACCACUACGUGGAGGACCAGGACGCCACGUUCCGGUUCAAGUACUCGCAAGCGUUUUUCCGGUGGGCGUUGCAGCCGCCCGGCUGGCGCCGCGACUGGCUCGUGGGCGUGCGCGUCCAGGGCCGCGGCACGUUGGUGGCGUUCGUCGCCGCGGUGCCCGUGACGUUGAAGCUCGCCGGGCCCGGCGCCACGGUGCCGGCCGUGGAAAUCAACUUCUUGUGCGUCCACAAGAAGUUGCGCAGCAAGCGCUUGGCGCCGGUGUUGAUCCGCGAGAUCACGCGCCGCGUCAACCGCCACGGCGUGUGGCACGCGCUCUACACCGCGGGCGUGGUGUUGCCGUCGCCGGUGGCCACGUGCCGGUACACGCACCGGCCGCUCGACUGGGCCAAGCUCCACGACGUGGGCUUCCUGCCCUUGCCGCCGGGCCAGACCAAGGCCAGCAUGGCGGCCCGCUACACGCUCGCGCCCGCGCCGCGCACGCCCGGGUUCCGGCCCAUGGAGGCCGCGGACCUCGACCAGGUGUUCGACCUCUUGCACGCGUACCAGCAGCGGUUCCAGAUGGUGCAGGUGUUUGGCAAGGCGGAGCUCGCGCACUGGCUCUUGGGCGGCGAGUGCGGCGGCGCGGUGGUCAAGGCGUACGUGGUGGAGCGCGCGGGGCGCAUCUGCGACUUUGUCUCGUACUACUUGCUCCCGUUCUCGGUGUUGGACCACGCCGUGCACACGGAGUUGGGCGUGGCGUACUUGUUCUACUACGCCACCGACAGCCACACGGCCGCGCCGCCCGUGUACCAGGCGCGCUUGACGGGCUUGGUGACGGACGCGCUCAUCACCGCACGCGCCUUUGGCGUGGACGUGUUCAACGCCUUGACGUGCCAGGACAACACCUUGUUCAUCGACGCCGCCAAGUUCGGCCCGGGCGACGGCCUCCUCCACUACUACUUGUUCAACUACAGGGCCAAGCCCAUCGACGGCGGCCUCGACGGCCGCCAGCAGGUGGGCAGCGCUGGGAGCGGCGUGGGCGUGGUGUUGGUGUGACCGCGCACGGCCGCGUGAGGCAGCGGCUGCCUGUGGACCGCUGCGCGGCCUGGUCUGUGGGGCGAAGCACUGGAGGGGCCAACUGCGGGCGUAAAGACGUCUCGUGAGGCAACAGAAGUAGCCAGACAGUCAAGGUAAUAGACAUCUUGUUCGUGGAGCAAUAGACGGGCCAGCUACAAGUAAUAGACAUCUCGUUCGUGAAGCAAUAGAGGGGGCCACUACAGGUAAUAGAUAUCUCGUUCUUGUUACAACAGACGGGCCAACUGCAGAUAUAUAGACAGCUCGUUCUGGAGGACGGGGCCAGUUACAGAUUGUAGAUAUCUCGUGAGGCAACAGAAGUAGCCAGACGCUCAAGGUAAUAGACAUCUCGUUUGUGAAACCAUAGACGGGCCAACUACAGAUA